AUGGCGCAAGCCCAACCUGAGAGAGAAGAGUUCGUUUUCGGGGUCGAAGUUCGAGUUCCCAUCGAGAUGAAUAAUGCAGCCCAGCUGCAGCAGCCCCGCCAGCCCAGCCAGCAGCAGCCCACGGUGGAGCUGGAGUUCAACCAGGCCAUGAUGGACUUCAAGACCAUGUUCCCCGAGGUUGAGGCCCAGGUCAUCGAGGCCGUGCUGAGGGCCAACGAUGGGGUGGUGGACGCCACAAUUGACCAGCUCCUGACCAUGACAUCGGACUCGCAGAAGAAGGAGGCCUCGCCGGUGAACUUCACGCCCUCGGACCCGGAGGAGCUCCCGCUCCGUGUCCUUCGCAACUGGAACCCUCCCCUCCUUGGACCGCUGCCCCACGACUUCCUCCGGAUACGGGUGCCCCGUCUCCAUCAGUCGCAGAGGCAGGUGGGUCGCCCUCGGAGAGAAGCUGCCCGUGCAUUUAUCGUGGAAAUCCUCCUAGGGCAGUGCGAAAAAGUUGAGAGGAUCCCAUAUGAGCUCGUUCGAGAGAGGGACGAUAGCGGAGCCGGAGGCAGGACCGUGUGUGCCAGAUCCCACGGGUUCGGCAUUGACCUGUGA